ACCCAUAUUUUAUGUUCUGCCUGUAUGGAAUUGCAUCCGCGCUUCGAUGCACUCGAGCUUUCCUGCAAGCGAUCGACAGAAGACUCCGCUCACGCUUACUGCAGGACGUGCUUGAGUGACUUGUUUCACACUAGUCUGGCAGAUACUACCCUGUUUCCACCUCGGUGCUGUGGCAAAUCCUUGCCGAUGCCUCUUUGCAAGCAAUUGUGUCCACCAUCACUAAUGGCAGAAUACGAAGACAAACAGAUGGAGCUGACGACGCCGAAUCCUGUAUACUGCAGUAACCGAAGUUGUGCCAAGUUUAUCAAGCCUUGUAAUAUCACCGCUGAUAUUGCAGUGUGCCAAACUUGCCAAAAGGAAACCUGCGCUAUUUGUCGAAACCCAAGACACAAUGGGGUCUGCCCAAAAGAUCCAUCCGUCCAGGCACUGAUAGAAGUAGCCACUAAAGAGGAGUGGCAGCAAUGUCCUAACUGCAGAACAUUGGUCGAGCUAACUGUGGGCUGCUACCAUAUGCGAUGUCGAUGCGGCACGGAGUUCUGUUACAUUUGCGCAAAGCCAUGGAAGACCUGUCCCUACCCUCAC